AUGAACAGCGUAGGGGAGGCUUGCACCGACAUGAAGCGUGAGUACGACCAGUGCUUCAAUCGCUGGUUUGCCGAGAAAUUCCUCAAGGGGGACUGCUCCGGGGACCCGUGCACCGACCUCUUCAAGCGCUACCAGCAGUGUGUUCAGAAAGCAAUAAAGGAGAAGGAGAUUCCUAUUGAAGGACUGGAGUUCAUGGGCCAUGGCAAAGAAAAGCCUGAAAGCUCUUCUUGACCUUGACACUCACCUUGAAAAUGGACUCCUCAAAUCAGGAAAUUGAGGACUCUGGAUCAUGUCAGUUAAAGCUGUGAAGAUAGCAUCGAUUUGAUGAAUUUAGGAGAGAGGAGUUUCCUGUCCUCCUUCUUGAUAUUUUUCUCUCAUUUGUAAAUGAUGAAAAAAAUCACUCUUUGCUUUGAAAUUUCUGGCUUUGGCAUCAGCAGGAACUCAAUGUGCUAAAUAAUGGGAUUAUGGUUGCAAUACUUGGUCUGGGAUCGGUUUUAAAUAUACCUUGUAUGUAAAUGCUGAUAAGCUUGUCAGGAUGACCAAGGCUGCCAGAGUUAUGCUUCGAAGGACAUUACUUGUACACUGUACUGGGGUUAUUGUUCAUGGAAGCAACUGGUUAGGAUCUCUCUUUUCUCUCAGGGAGACAAUGCUUUGGAAAGGGUUCCCAGCACAACAGUUUGGAUCAAUGCUUGGGAGCACAGUUUUAUUUUUAUAUAGUAACUUAACUGUUAAGAUUGCUGGUGGACUGGGUUAGCCAAGAGGAAGACAGCUUUUAACAGUUCCCUACCUUAAGAAGAGGUGUCAGAUCUCAUAUUAAGAUGUGAAAGCUUCAAGAACACUGUGAACACCGUCUCAGAGCUCAUGGUGUAGUUCAGCAAUUAAGAUCCUUGGA